ACUCUUCCGGCGGGGCCGGGAGGAGGAGCCGCUGCCGGGGAAGGUGACCGGGCUGCGCGCUGGGCCAUGGUGCUGCUGAGACCGGCUGCGCUUGUGACACUGAUGAGAGCCGCGGGGGGCGGCGGGGGACGGCGGGAGACGGCGUGUACGGGGGGUUGGUACAUCCCUUCGCUCUCCUCCGCCCCCCCCGUGCGCCGGUGCUCGGCCCCCCCGCAGCCGGUGAUCGCCGCCAAGCAGCCGUUCCCGGUGGAGCUGAAGGCGGGGAAGAAGUACGCCUGGUGCGCCUGCGGGCACAGCAAGAGCCAGCCCUUCUGCGAUGGCGCCCACAAGAAAGCGGCUCCGGGGAUCUCCCCCCUGCGCUUCACCCCGGAGGAGGACAAGACGGUCUGGCUCUGUGGGUGCAAGCGCACCCGCUCCCCCCCCUACUGCGACGGCACCCACAAGGAGGAAGCCGUGCAGAGCGCCCAGCUCCCCGCACAGCUCUGACAGGGCUGCGCCUCGCAGGGAUGAAGGUCACAGAGCCCACGGGAGCUCAGGACCACCGGGAUGUUGAGCCCUCAAGGGUUUGGGAAGGAGUGAGGAGGAGAUGCCCAGCUCCCACCCCAAUUAAUCGUAAUUACUGAGCCCUGAGGGCUGCCACCAGCUGCAGAAAACCAGCCUCACCCCACCACAGGGGCAGCAGUUUUGGCUUCUGCCCCACCAGGGCCCUGCUACGGAUAACGAAGGCUCAGCAGAAACUGGGGAAAAAAAAAAAAUCCACCGGAUAACGGGACUUUCAGGAGCGGUUUUGAGUUGCCAGAGCUGCGGGUGCCCGUCGGGAUGGAGGGACCCGGGCAGCUGCAUCUGUACGGGUAGACGAAGGGAAUGACAGUCUGCAGCAUUUAUUACAUUUACAAAGCUGUAUAGUUAUACAAAUGUUUAACCAAUAACGAUAUAUGAAUAUCAGAAUAUAUUACAAGACAUUAAAACGUCGUACAGGAUGCAAACAUA